GAGAGCAGAGCAGGAGCGUUGCAUGUACGUCCUGGAAACAGCGAAAGCGGCAAGGGCUGGAGACCGAGAGAGGGGCCUACAGAAAAUGACGGAGUACAAGCUUGUUGUUGUGGGCGCUGGUGGCGUAGGCAAGAGCGCUUUGACGAUACAGCUUAUUCAGAAUCAUUUUGUAGAUGAAUACGAUCCUACAAUAGAGGAUUCCUACCGAAAACAAGUCGUGAUAGAUGGCGAGACCUGUCUUCUGGACAUUCUGGACACCGCGGGUCAGGAAGAGUACAGCGCCAUGCGAGACCAGUAUAUGAGGACGGGCGAGGGCUUUUUAUGCGUAUUUGCUAUAAAUAACACAAAAUCUUUCGAAGACAUUCAUCAUUAUAGGGAACAAAUAAAAAGAGUGAAAGAUUCGGAAGAUGUCCCCAUGGUGCUCGUAGGAAAUAAAUGUGACCUGCCUUCCAGAACCGUAGACACAAAGCAAGCACAGGAUUUAGCAAGAAGUUAUGGAAUCCCUUUCAUCGAAACCUCUGCAAAAACGAGACAGGGUGUCGAUGACGCCUUCUAUACAUUAGUCCGGGAAAUCCGAAAGCACAAAGAGAAGAUGAGCAAAGACGGCAAAAAGAAGAAAAAGAAGUCAAAGACAAAGUGCACAAUUAUGUAAAUGAAAUCUCUCCUUUGUUCUCGAGGUGUAUGUUGGAAAACGUGAUUAUUAUUAUUUUUUUGUACCAUUACACUAAAUUAUUAGCACACACGUUUUUUUUGCGUUUCGGUUAAAACCUUCCUCUCCGCUUUCUGCUGGCCUUCUUUUCUGGACGCUUGCUUUGAAAUGACAGUGGAAGCUCUUCUUCUAAAGUGCCAAAAAAAAAAAUCUUGGGAGGGUUGAGCCGAGCGACGCCCUGUGAAAAACAAAAUACUGUAGAAUCUCCAGCCCACCCCCUUUUAGGCAUAGGCUGGUGCAUGGAAAACUUGCAAUGUCCUCUAUCUUCUGUUUUGUCUCCCGGUUGCGAGCUCAAGGACCAGCCUUGCUACUGGUUGGACCCAGACUACCAGUUUUCAGGACUGGAGGAGACUUUACGGAUCAGGCCAAAGGGGAGAUAGCCUCCGAUGCAAAGGGGGACAGACAGUGAUAGUAGCUGGAAUGCAAGUUUGGAUGGGCUGCUUUGGACUACGGCUUCCAGAUUAAUUGAGCUGAAGAUACUGCAAACAUCAGCAGUACUUCAGAACCCAAAGGCUGAGCUUAGGGAAGAUGAUGGUUGCACGAAAGAUGUGGGACGGAAGCUCUUUGGGUGAAUGGAGGAAUUUCCAGGGCCAGUUGAGAUGAGCGUAGGGCCAGACUAGAAUAGGAAGGGAGACGGUCUUGAUAGUGACCUUAAAGCUUAAGCAGUCCCUAGAACAAGGGAAAAGUUUCUUUCUGGGACUACAUGCGGUUGAAGCUAUAGUCCAGGCUCUGAUAAAGGCACCAUCCUAAUAUUGCCAGCUUAAUUCCCACUGCCUUUUGUGAUGUGGUUCAGUUAGAAGGAUUAAUCAAGAGUGGAAACACCAGGUGGCAUUUUAAAAAGAAAUGUAAGUUCAGCUCAUUGCCGUGUUGAUCCACUCGAAGACUUUUUCUUUUCUUGCUCGCUCGUAAGUCACAUUUUCUUGUUGCAUUUCCAAUCAACCUGAACGAAUGUUUUGAAAAGAAGGGUGGGGGGUGGAAAGGAAGCCCCAAGGACUUUUCACAAAGAUGAUUCACUCUUAAAGUGACUAUUUUUUUCUAUUAAAAUUAAAAAUGUUAAAAGAAAGAAAUGAAGAAAAAUUUCUAAUUGGAUUGGUUUUUCGUAACGAGCUCCUUCUUAUUCUCAUCUUGUGCCGACAAGCCGUUUCCAACGGACGGGCAACCCUCAUAGGGUUUUCCAGGCAUGCAGAAUAUAGUUGACCAGUCCCCUCUUUCUGAUGGUGCUCUGGGAUGUGUGCCAGUGUGCCCAGGGUCGUACAGGUGGCAGAGUACACAACCACCACCCAUCCACCACUUGUGCUUCAAGUCAUCUUGGCCAACAUCCCUUUCAGGAGGCAUAAAGGGGGAUUUGAACUGCUAGCCCCCCGACUCUGCAGCGAAGGCACUCGUAACACUGUGCCUCCUAGAGUGGGGCUACGCUGGCAUAAUGGCUUGGUUUGGAAAAAAGCCACUGGGCACACAUGGUCUCGGAGGGAACGUCGUCUGCCAACCCAACUGGAACCAAUUGGAGCUACACUGUAGUUUGGUGCUGUUGUGCAAAUCUGUGCAUUUGAAUGGGACAAACACGGAAGGAGUUCCCUGUGGAUUUAUGCCCCCUGGUUGCUCUUUCCUGUCAGGCAGCUUUCCACGGUCUGUUCCCUCACAGAGGUUCAUUCCCAUGGGAGUGAAAGCUUUUUACUAUGCAUGUCCUCGUUUCUAGAGCAACGCUCCCUCCCUCCUUUCCAUCCUGCGGUACCAUGCAGUAUAUCUUGACACUCAUUUUAUUUUGAGGUGGAGGCCUUUUUUUGUAGUUUUAAGAAUAGUUUUUGCCUUGCCCUUCUGACGACCGCAUUGUACGUUGUUUUCCACUGGAAUCACAGUACCUGCAUGACUAAAUGCCUGCAGUUCAUCUUCACUGACUUUCACCAGCUUUUACUGGGUGUGUGUGUGUAGGGGGGGGAUUUCAUCUCCCAUUAGCCACCAGGGCAUACUGGUUGAGGGAUCCUGGGAACUGUCAUCCAAACAGGAGUUUUCCAAAGCUCUGGGCACACUCUUCAUGUACUUCUGUCUCUGCUUUUCCUCACUCUGUUCACCAUCUUUAUCGAGCACUAUUUUACCUCAGAAAGGUGGGUAUGGGGCCGAACGCUAGUUAAUGCUGUGGAAUCUCAAUGUACCACUAAGAGGGAAAAAAACAUCUUUAAGGUUAGUCAUGUUUUCUUGUAAGAAACCACAAUAUGCAGAAGUCUUUUGUUCUUCUCAGCUUCCUGUUUAUUUUUAUUGAAAUUAAGUUUUCAUUUCUAUAAUAAUUUGGAAGGAUGCUGUUGUCUUAUUUCUCAAUCAGAUUUUUAAAAAAUCUCUUAAAGUCAGAUUUUUAAUCUGAUUGAAACAGGUCAGUUUGUCAUUGGGAAGCAUUUAUUUUAAGUCAGGACCCCCUUAAGGAACAGAUUUUGGCGAUAACUAAUCUGGAGAUCCUCUAAAAACCAAAAUCUUUGAAAACGUGGUCAGUGUCGGUCUCUCUUCCAAGAUGAAUUGCUCAAAGCAUGUAUGGGAGGGCAUGCCUGAGAAAUGCAUGCAAUAAUGGGGCCUGAGGCGAUCUCUUAAUUUUCCAAACCCUUUUCUCACUGGGAACAUGGUCAAAGGAAAGCAAGGAUUGAAAAACGAAGAUGGUCCAACUCCUGCUUUCUUACUUUAUGCUGGUGUUAAGUACAGUGGUGUGAACUGCAGACUUGCUGCUAGUUAACCAGUCAUUGCUUGUAUCUCUUGUCUUGCACCAAAUCAUGUGGCUCGCACAUGUCGAAUAUAAGCAGCAAUGGUUCAUUAACUAGUGGCUAUCCGCUGCUAUGAUUUAUGGCAUUGCAUUUAGCUGGUGUAAUUAAUUAACAGGAUCCUGGCUGAUGUUUCAGCAGGAUUUGCAUGGAAAUCAGGCUGUAACCAACCGGUGAUGGCAGGUAGCAGCCUAAAUCUUGAUCUUGUCUGGGGAUGAUGGGAGUUGCAAUUCAGCGACAUAUGGAGGGCCCCCCCCGGGUUGGCCCGUUUCGCGGUUGGCACUACAAAACUAUAACCAAAGCUUGGGGGGGGGAAUUACUUGGUGGGCUAAAAUUCGCAGACUCCUCUAGCCAUUUGGACAGGGGAUCCUGGGACUUGCAGUCCAAACGGUUACUUCCCCAAGUUCUUAGUUUGUUUGAAGCAAAUAAAACUUUUAAGAGAUUUGAUCUGUUCACAGUGCUGUGCCAAAAAAAACA